AGUAGGAGUAGGGAUAGGGAUAGGUGUUAGGGGUUAGUGUUAGAGUUUAGGGGUUAGGAACUUUUGAGGCUGGCUGACAUCAACUGAGAGAUAGAUGAAGUGGUUAUCUAGCUCAAUAAAAUUAAGAAAUAUUUAAGCUGUAGCAAACAGCAUUGACUAAUUUAUAUAGGAACACCCCAAGCUGGAGAUUUAGUUUGCCAAAGCCACCCCAUGGUAUUUGGAUUAUGAAAUAAGUCGCAGUUACCCCUUCUGGUGAAUUGUGUGGAGAAUCAUGAUGACAUUUCUUGCUGCUUUACUGCAAUAAACUGAUAAAACAGGAGACAGCAGAGUAGCACUUGCUCAUCUAGGUGCUCUGCCAUCCAGUGAUUGCACUUGAACACUCAAAAUGAGGGAUGAUUUCAGCUGAUAUAUAGCAGUGGCAGUGAUGUUCAGGUGCUAUUCUGCCUUUUAUUAAUUUCACCUAGGAGUUCAUCAGCCCGUCAAAGGGAUCUUUCCAAGCUGAAGGAGGUCUGCUUAUUUUCUGUACAUUGCCAAGCUUUUGCUUAUGGCCUGACUGAUGCCUCCCAGAUGCUUUAUAGUCAAUUUCAUCUUUAUUUCUCUAUGGUUUGGAGUCAGAACUGCCAUAUUAGGAGGGAACAUGUAGCAGGGAGUUUAUCCCUUAUCUCCAAGGCCAGAUCUUCCUCUAACGAUCAUGCUUCUUAUGAGGGUUUGUGUGUGUGUGACUGUAGAAUUUCCUUUGCUAUUUUUUCUUUUUCAUGCUGUUGGGAACAUUUUCAAUACCAGAGAAAAAGAAAAGCACUCUUCUCAGCAAAGAGGAAGUUAUCACACCUACAAAAUACAGGAUGCAGUCCCGAAGGUUUAUAGCCUCAGGGUCUGAAAGAGGAUUGGAAACUGUGUAUACAGUAUUAGGCUUCUUUGCACGCAGUUUUUGAACAAGAAAGGUGUUCCUGGCCAAGGUACUGCUAGUUAGUAUUCUCAUGAUAGGAGACUAUUACACCAGCUGGGUGAGUGACAAUACAUGAAAUGUAAUUUCUCCUCUUCUGCUUUCUUUCAUACGGCCUAAGGAAAUGAAGGAGAAAGUGGUGUCUUCCAUCCGUUAUUAAUAUAAAGCUAGGCUGCAAAAUAAGAUUCAGCUCUAGCCACAGGAGUACCUCCAUGUGUUUGUGAAUAGUGAAUGCACUCACUUAACCUUGACAGAAGCGUAUUCCGAAUGACAUUUCCACGGAAUCAACCUAAACUUGAAGUAUUUUAUCUAAUGUACUGAGCAGGUCAUACCCUAAAAGACUUGAUAGACAGCUAAAUUUGCUCAUGCGAUCUCCUCCCUUCUAGGCAGCAUAAAGCUGUACGAAAAAUGUCAUUGCCACAGCCACACAGGUAACAACAGUAAGGAAAUAAUUUAAAUAUGAAACUUGGGCACUUAGUUUGGUCCUCUGAGAAGUACUGUAUGGGAAUUUUCCCUCAAAGUGAAUUCCUGCAAACCUGUGUAAUCAGAGAUUGCUUCACUCCUCACUGGCUAUGGCCACAUACAGAAGCAAAUGCCUUUAAACUGCAGUCUGCAGCAGGACAGGAGGAAAUACCUUGCCCGUUAUGAAAGUGAAUAACCACAGCCCUUGCAGGCAUUUGACUCCUGUUUGAACCAACGCCAUGCAUUCCUAUGAAGUCUGUAGAAACAGUGGUGAAUUUUUAGAAGAUGUCCACGAAGGAACUUCUUGUUAAGCUCUUGUGUGGUACAUCUGCAGUUGGCAGCUGACUGCUUGCAGGCGGAUGAGUAAAUAACAGUGAAUAUUUCUGUUUGACUAGCAGGAAGUCACACAUUUCUGUAUAGGUAUUUAGAAAUACCAAUUGUGCGUUGCAAGAUGGGAAUUUCUUAAGAUUUUUUUCUUCCUUGUUGGUGACAGCACCAUUCUGGUUAUUAAACUCAACUUACAAAUAAGACAAUAAAAUAAUGAGGAUAAUAAAUCUAAGUUUGAAGACUAAGAAGGUUUUAGCUGCAUUUAUCUUGAAGAGAUUGAGACCUUUACUGCGUAGCUAUGGUAUUUAUGUAUCUCUUUGCUUUGUUACGUAUUGGCCUCAGCAGAGGUCAGAUAAGAACCCAAAUCUCCCAGGCUACUUGAUUGACUAUGAGGCAACAUCAAUCCUCAAAAAAAACAAAACAAAACUAAAUAAAAAUGCAGUUUGCAGUUGUUAAAGUGAACUAGCUGAUGCCAUAAUGCAAUCAGUAUCAUCAGGUGGCUUAGCAUGGAAGACGGAGUCUAGGGGCUGUGUUAGAAACUGCUCCCCUCUACCAGAGUUGCAUUUUGAAGUGGGACACUGUGAAAAGCUGAUCUCUUAAAGAGAUUGCUGAACAUUACACAGUCAAUUUUCAUUCUACCUUUUCAAGCGUCUGCAGUUCCCCAUGUAAAGCUGCUCAAACAAAGCACUUCCAAUCAAAUACAAUUCUGUGCAGGCAGGCAUACUGUCUCUUGCCAGCACUUUCUUCUGAAAUGAAUUAAGUGGAUACGAAUUUCAGAGGCUAGUAAAAAGUAACCAGCUCUGAACGUCAUGAACAAGUAGAGCUGCCUUCAGUAGUUCAGCUUAUGUAUGCCCACUGGAAAAUAAAUAAAUAAAUAAAUAAAUAAGUUGUACAAACAACCUCAAGACUCAGUGGGUAAAACCUUCUCCUUAUUCUCCUUAUUAGUUCCACUAUCAAAACAAGAACAAGAUAUAGGGGCUGGUGACUAGUGCAGAGGGUUUGUCAUGCUUUGCCAUUCGCGUAGAUCUUAUAUGAGGGUUGAUACAUCAGGAGUAUUAAGGCUGUGCUUCUGCACGUGCUUCUUCCUCCCCAAAUACUCCUGCUUGAUGUCCCACCUCACUUGCCAGCAAAUGUCCCCACAGCCCCCCUGCACUCAGAGCCCUGACAAACCCAGCAUUGCUUCAGACUCCGGGCAAGAACACGCAGCACGGUGAGGUUGCUCCUGUUGGUACACGAACGAUGCAUUGACACUCUUCGGCACUUGACUAGAAGAGCCACCUUUCUAUUAUCAGAGAAUGGUCUAGUAAUUAUGCCAAUUAAAAUAUGUGUAUUUACUUAGGCUAUUUUUGUUAGUAGCGAUAGAUUGGUGAACAGCAGCUGUGCAGUAAAACCAGGACUUUGAUGAUAAACUCCUAAUAAACCUUGAGUAGCAGAGCCUAAAUACCCAACUUCCUCUUCAAUAGGUAUUGCAACAGACUGUAAACAAAAUUCAUCUAUGGCUGAAGUACUUUCCACCUGUUGUAAGAAAUUUGACAAGUCUGGAGUGAGGUUUUAAUUACUGGGAAAUUGCCAUAUACUUGAAAGGCUGUUUCUGAUGACGGCAGAGCAGAGAAACCAAAAGGGGGCAGGAGAAAAAUAUAUAAGAGGCAAGUGCAGGAGAGCCUGCAGUCUCGCUCUUGAGAAACGGUGUGUGCUACGCUGACAACAUGAAGGCUGUGCUGACCCUCGUGUUUUGCCUCCUACCCCUGGCUGCUCAGGGGAAAGUCUAUGAAAGGUGUGAGCUGGCAGCAGCUAUGAAGCGACUUGGACUGGACAAAUACCGGGGAUACAGCCUGGGAAACUGGGUGUGUGCAGCAAAAUAUGAGAGCAACUUCAACACGCAGGCUACAAACCGUAACACUGAUGGAAGCACUGACUACGGAAUUUUACAGAUCAACAGCCGCUGGUGGUGCGAUGACGGCAAGACCCCGAGGGCCAAGAACCUGUGCGGUAUCCCAUGCUCAGCACUACUGAGAUCAGACAUAACACAAACUGUGAAAUGUGCAAAGAAGAUUGUCAGCGACGGAAAUGGCAUGAACGCAUGGGUCGCGUGGCGCAACCGGUGCAAAGGAACAGAUGUCUCCCGGUGGAUCAGAGGCUGCAGGCUAUGAGGCGCAGGUGCUCAGCGGAGCCCAUUCUCAACAGCUGGCACACCGAGCAAACUGGUUCUUCAAGGCGCUUGUUACGUGAUGCAAACAAAAUUCAGCCUUAAUGCAAGGCAGCUCAUUUGUGAAGCCCAUGCUUUACUCCUUGCUGAUAAAAGGGGUUCGUUUCCACCCACCCACCCCGUUUGCGCCCGAUGCAGCUAAAACUACCAGCUGCUGGUUUUGCUAUAUGUAGGCACGAGCAGGAACCCAAUCUAACCGAAAUCUCACCGCUAGGUUUUGCUGCUGCAUACUAGCAUGAUGUUACUUGCUUGGCAGUUUUAAAUGCAUUCAUCAUUAAAAAAUAUCUGCAAAUGGC